AGUGAGAGUGCCGUGAUCAUUCCACCGGUAUAUCGUGAAAGUCAAGUAUGAAGCUGACAGAACUCUUGAUAGUAACGUGGUGCUCAAUAACCGUGGCUCGAUCAAAAACCGUAGAAAGCAAUCAGGAGACGUUACUGAAGAAGGCCGCGGAACAGCUGGAACGGUUAGAACCGUAUCGAAGAGCUACGGAUAAUCACGACGAAUCCAAUUUCUCAAAUGUGCCAGAAACAUGGAAACCUCUGGUGGAUCAGAAUCAGUUAGAUGAGAUAAAGGACGAUGUGGAUCAGAAUGUGUCUUGGGAGAUGUCCGAGAUUCUACCCGAACAAACGGAGCCGGACUCAUUAAAGCGGAUCGACGACAAAAAGCUAAUAACUAUCAGCGUUAUUACCGAUCCAAGAUACGCCGAAUUGAUGCAAAAUAGGAUAAAAAGAGGUUACGAUGUUGGAUCCACCAGUCUUCUGACCAGCAUAGCAGGCGGAGUGUUAACUGGAAUCGCUAGUGCAUCAAGCGGCUCUGCAGCAAAAGCAUCAGCGGGCAGCAGCGAAACGGCGUAUAAACCGGUGUACGGUGCACCUACAGUGGAACAUGCUUAUUCGUACGAAGAAAAGCCAUUCGGUCCAUGGGAUUUCAAGAAGGUGAUAUUUAGUACACUGUUUCAAGCUCUCAAGGCAAUAGGUGGCGGCGUAUUGGCCCUCAAAGGUCAAUUAGUUAAAGGAGGUGGCUACCUGUUAGCGGGUAAAGGCAAAGUUGUCAGUAAAGCAGGAGAUGUUAUUACAUCCUUCGGUAAACACUUGGCCGCCAACGCGCAAUCGAAACCUUAUCCGCCAGAGACUUUCUACGAUCAUCCACCGGUUCAACAUAUCGAACACAAUCCCAGCUACCCAGGGUCACCGCCAAACUCCGAUGAUUUUUCCGAAGUGUCUAAUGACUUCUCAGCACACGAGACUUAUGGCGUGCCAUCAAACGACAACGGCCAGGGCGGCCUGCUGAUCGUGACACCGACGAAAUCUGACCUGGACAAGAACAACAAUCAACAAACGCACGUGGCAGUAUUAGAGAAUCCGGACCCGACCAAAAACUCCGUUAUCAAGAAUCUCUUGAACAGUGUGCUGAAAGAUAGUGUUGGUUCAAAGGAUCAAACUGUAGCUGGCCAGGAUAGCCUCACCAACAACAACGUAAACUCUUAUCCUCUCACCCAGCAUCCAAUUCCGACAUAUAAUGUUCCGGAACGCUAUCCCACAAACUACAACAAUCCUGCUGCUCAAGACGGAGCUUACCAGCGGCCUGAAUUACCGCAGAUCACGUCGCAUCAUCACUUCUCGAAUCUGGGCUUGGACCCAAAUCUAUUAAUCCAGCCGAAUGUGGAAUACCCGUUACAGCAAAUCCAAUAUCCGCACGGCUCUCUGCUGGACCCGUCUAAACGGCCACAUGACGACAGUGAUACGUCGGUGUACGCGAGUCUAUCCGUAGACACCGAACCGCAAAUCGCACCCUUGAAGAUCUCUCUCUUGGGCCAUUCGGACUCCCUUGAUUUACCCAAGUUGCAGCCACACGUGGACUUUUACGGAAAGCCUCAGUUCAUGAAUCACCUUCAUGGCAGCUUGAGUGGCCCAUUGAGGGUGCCACUUUUAAGUCCGAUGCCGUCGGCUUACUACUGGCGGAGUCAAGGAUCGUUAAUACCAACCUCGCCUUUCGACACGCUGGAUAAUUUCCGUAAAAGGAAUGUCCAAAGACGAGCGUUCGCCAAACGACUUGCACGUUAUGCGUCGUUGCAGAGGUUCCAUCGGCUGUAGAGAACCAAAUAGCGACGUCAACGACAAUAGUCUACGCAUUCGCGUAUUAUCCACGUCCGGCCAAAUACAGGUACAAAUGGUUAUAUCCUUAUGGGCGAUA